AGAAUAAGAACAAGCACAAGAAGAACAAGACGAGCAGCUGAACUGUGUCGCACGAAGCCUUCUUCAAUUUGACGGUUUUUCUUCGAUUAUUCACUCACUUCCAAAGAUGGUUCGACCACAUUUUGGACCACCACGUCUGAAGUCCAGACCCUAUGGAGAUGGUCAUGGUAUUGGACCUAGUGAAGGGCAUUACAGCCCCAACUCCAAAGGUCGAAGAGAUGACCAGGGCUACCAGUCAAAGGCCCCUUUUCACUGGAGAGAUUCCAGAGGUAGAGGACGUCCCCCAGUUGUCAGAAGAGUCCCCCUGAUGGGAGAGCAAAGGGAACCACGUUUCAAUAACUGGAGGUCCCAGAAUCAGGAUUCCUUUCAAUCAUACCCUCCCAAAAUGGAGCCCCACCACAGCCAGAGGAGGCCUUCUCCAUCUAGGCCAAACCGGUCCCCCAAUGUCCAGCAUCAGUCUUCUCGCAGUCCUGCACAAGGAUCCCCGAGUCAGAGGGGCCCGCCUUUUCAUGGCCACCCCUCAGGUCACAGGUCACCCUCUCCAAGACAUUUUCGCAACCACCCACCCGACAGGAGGCCCGGCUCUUCACCAGCCUACCAGAGCUCUUUCAGGGGCCCUAAAAGGCAGUCAGGUUUUCAACAUCAUGAGCAGAGGAGUCGAGACCCUCGUGGGAAUUACAGUCCUAGAGAAAGGCCCUAUGAGCAUGCAGGUCAUGGCAUGAAGCGCUGGAACGAGGCUGGAGCGUUCUCUCAUCCACACAAUGGAGAACACGGGCCCUCUGGGUCACAGAGGAGCCCCAGAGAGAUGCAUGGGAGAGGCUCAUGUCCAGAGAGGUACAGGAGUGAAGCAACAACCCCAGCUGGGUGGUCAUCUGAGCAAGACUCCAGGCGGCAGCGUGGUCCGGUGGAGAGGCAGGGCAGCAGAUCCCACAGUAGGGAGAGGGCACAGGAAGUUUCUCACCCGCCCCCUUUCAGAUGCCCCUCAUGGAAAGGAGGUCCACCACCAUCCUCCUCCUACCACAGGAGCCCUCAGGAGAGGCAAAUGGCAGGACCCCGCAAGAGGAGGAUAUCAGAUAUCAGCAUGCCCUCCUCAGACCCCGCACUGGAACAUGGCAAUCCAAAACAACCCAGGAGAGAAAGGCCUCAGCUGCUUAGUAUUCCCAGGCCAUUCGGAGGUCGACCUUUGUCGCUUAGGGAUAAAAGUUACCUGGUUAAGAGCCAACAAGUCAGAGCAGAGUCUCUCAUGAGGCUCAGAAUACCUCCAUCUGUGAAACCCAGGCCUCGCCUGGGCGACUCUGCCUCACGGGGAAACAUCAGCUCUGUUCUUGCUAUGAGGAAGAAACGAUUCCAGUCAAAUGCAGUUCCCCUGAAAAAGCUGGAACCGCGGAGGGGAAAACCACCACAGUCACCCCCCAGAGAAGAAAGCAAUGCCAGCAAGUCUUCAAGAGACUCUGAUACAGGCAAAGAACAGGUGGAGUCUCGCCGGUCCAUGAACACACACAGAUCUUCUCCCAUAGAGAAACGUGACCUUGUUGUUUUGUCCCACUGGCCUCCUGGGCCGAGCUCCUCCUCUAAGGACGACUCGCCCACGAAAGAUCGCAGCCCAAAGCCAAAGAGUGAACGCAGUUCAGAUCGCGAUGUCACACCAAACAGCCGACUCUCAAAGACAAAUGAUGCCAGAUCUUCACCUGAAGACCGAAGACGUGGCUAUGUGGAUAAGAGGGUGUUUAGGCCAUUUAAUAUGAUGCAGGACAGCCACAGACUUGGGAGGCCCUUCAGGAGGCCUGGACCUGGACCCAUGCAGAGACCAAAGUUCACAGGUGGUCCAAGGAGGACGGGCCCUGAACUGUCUGGAAAUUUUAGAAGACCACUCAUGGAGAGCCUUGUACCACGUCCCUUCCCAAAUCAGAGGCCAGUGUUCAGAAAAAGUCAAAACAUCAUGUCCAAAUAUCGCACCAUGAGAGUGAUGCGCCAGCGAGUUCCUUACAACAGAGGGCCCAGCCAACAGCGCUGGUGAUAAACCUCUGCACAGGUUCCAAAGUCUGCAGACCAGAUACUGGAAAAGGCAGAAAAAUCCCAACAAGACAUCUCCAUAAAUGGACUGCACAAACCCCCUCUCUCUUACUACAAUCCCAACCUGCCUCUAUGUUGUGGAAGUGUCGCUUGUCUUUUUGGUACAAGUGUUUCAGUUGCACCUUUGAAGUACUUCAGUACUUCCGUUUUAGGGUAUUUGUAAAAUAUGUCAUUACAUUAUACACCUAUUUUUUUUGUGAAUUUUUAGUUGGGAGUUGCUGCCUGUAAUCUUGUCUUCAUUUUACCAAGAUAGUUUUAGCAUUUUCUUAGUUUACCAGCAAGAAUCCGUUUCAGGUUUGUGAAGUCCAAGAAGAGUUUACUUUAAUAUCUUACCUUGACUGUCUCAAAAGAUUUAUCACAUGAAAUGUUCUGUUUGAUUCGUCAUGGGUGUUUUGAUAAGACAUAGCAGCUUGUCUAACAAAAUUUAGCUACUGCUUGUAAAAGUUGUAUAAUCAUAUGUUUAGUUUAUUGUUCAAGAAUUGCAAUAAAAUCCGAUUUAACAAAA